AUGAAUGAAUAUGGCUCGAACAAGAUCCCACAAUUUCAGUUAUGCAAGCCCAUGGGCCAGGAAUAUGCGAGCGGGUCUGAGGAGAACGAACUGCGCCCUUUCGAAAACAUCGUCCCUUGCCCUUACGCUCGUAAAAAGAUCUUUUGUACGCCAGCCCAAGUCAAGCGAUCACAAAGGUCUUCCUACACUUGUGGUCCACCUCCCAGAAAUCAAGUUUGCCCUGCGCGCGUUCGGCUGAUCAUUACCCCCGAAACAGACACUUUGCGGUUGCAAGCUCUUCGUAUGGGUCCCACAGAGAGCUACAGAUAUCCCGGUGAGAAACUGGAGCUGGAAGAUGCGUUUCGGCUCGUCGAGGUUCAGCCCGGGGAGCGUGAUGCCCCGGUCGCCGUCCACCUCCUUGCGUCCAAUCUGCACGGUUGCCCGCAGGACGAAGCUCUCUCGUACGCAUGGGGCGAUGCUACGCAGACCAAGAUCAUCCAUGUUGUCACUUUCGCGUCGUGUGGCGAUACCUCUUCGACGACGCCCCUGUCUGUCACCCGCAGCUGCGACUCCCAACGAAGCCGCGGAUGUUAUCUGCGUUGA